AUGACCAAAGGGAGGCGGUUCAACCCGCCUUUGGACAAGGUUGGAAGAUGGUUCCCUCACAUUGGACUGGUACAGAAGACACCAGAAUCCACCACGAGUGCUACCCUGAAGGAGAUCCACUGCCCACACUUGUCUCAGCAGGUAGAGAUGAAGCUGCCGCCAAUAUACAAAAUCCGAGAGAAGCAAGCAGCAAACAAAAGUUUCCCCUUCUCUGUGCAUGACAAUCGCUACAGUUUUGAGAACUCUGGAUACUAUUUUGACUAUGGCUUGGGACGGAAGAAGAUCUCACCAGAGAAAAGGCAACACAUUUCUAGGAAUUUCAAUCUCUGGGCCUGCGACUUCAUCCCGUCACAUUUUGAUGGCCUUUCAAAUACCAGAACAUCAUAUGUACACAAGGAAGCCAUGGUCAUCUCAACUUUCCGACGCUUCCCUAGAUGUUACGAUGAAAAAUGGAGUGCCUUCAAGUUUGUUCCCCGCAAAGCCUACACAGAGUUUUUGGAAAACCAGCCAAAUGAGGAGCUUUCUGAUGACACAAAGGCUGUCUCUCCACAGGAGCCCUAA